AUGGCCUGGCUUUCAUCAUGGCUUGAGGAAGAGCCUCAUGGUUAUUCUAUGAGCAGCCAAGAUCUAGCUGCUCGCACUAUAUCUGAAAAUGACGGUGACAGGGAAAAUCUACCACACCGAGAUGUCACAUACAUCCCAGGAGGCGAAGUAUUCGACUCAUUCAAAAGUGCGAGGGAGAAGUUGGUCUCAGCUAGCGGUCAUGGUGUGACCAGUAAAGGAUCCUACGUAGCUAAGGACGGUGUUCGUUACCACAAAUUCGUAUGCACUUAUCAUCGACGGAGGGGCUGGCAACCUUGCGGUUACAGAGCACAGAUAGUCGAGUCGAAUUCCACAUUCCAAGUUCGUUUCGCUCAGUCUCCAUACAAGACCCACCAACACGAGCGCUUACCGGAUUAUGUGUUUCAGCAGGAGCCGACUCUGAGCAAUGCGGCGAUGAAUCUGGUUGAGCGUCAUACUAAGGAAGGCCUGGAUGCUAGUCAGAGUUUCCGCUCCUUGCGGGAACUGGGUCAAUUGCCGCCUAACCAAGAAGGGAGCAAAAUAAUGAAGGCAAUUUAUAACAAGCGAUCCCGCACGGAGAAGAGGGAAGACGAGAGGAUUGGUAACACCAAAGCUGAGAUACGUGCUUGGUGUGAGUCCAAGCUGGCCACUCCCUCGGAGCCAGACGAAGCAUACUGUCUCGAUUACAUGAUGGGACCCAACACGUACUUCAUAUUCUCUACCACCGGUCUACUGUCUAACAACGCCUCCAUCCCCAACAUCACAGUAGACUUUACCAAUGGUCUGAGCUGGCUGGGCUUUAAAACUUUGGUUUGUGGUAGCAUCAAUGCAUCUGGCCAGUUCAGAUUACUGGCCUUCGCGCUGACAUGCAAGGAGACAGCAACUGAGGUCACAGCCCUCUUUGCUGCCCUCCGUCGGCAUUGCGAAGAGCUCGGAAUAAACCAUAGGCCUGAUACAUUGAUUGGGGAUAGUGCAGAGUCUACGGUGCACUGA